AUGGCUGAGGCUAUCCAAGGCCAGCGACAUGAUAGAAAUGCCCUUGUCCUCUAUGGGUCUGAAACUGGAAAUAGUCAAGAUGUGGCAGAGCAAUUGGGACGCAUAGCAGAAAGAUUGCAUUUUGCCGUGAGGGUUUGUGAGAUGGAUCAGGUUGAAAUUAAAUUGUUGCCGAAACACAAAGUUGUCAUUUUCGUUCUAUCAACAACAGGUCAAGGCGAGUUCCCGAAAAAUGCGAGGAAGCUAUGGAAGAGCCUGCUCAGGAAGCGAUUGCCUCCUGGCUGCCUUGGUCACGUGAAUUUUACCACAUUCGGGCUGGGAGAUAGUUCAUAUGCCCAGUUCAAUUGGGCCGCGCGUAAGUUGCAUAAACGACUUGAACAGCUGGGGGCAAACGAGAUAUACCCUCGAGGAGAAGCAGACGAGCAACAUGCCGAGGGAAUCGAUGGAACAUUUUUGUCUUGGUCGAUUGACCUUGGGAAGCACCUGCUCUCUCUGUAUCCUUUGCCUGAGGGACAAACGCCAAUUCCACCUGACGUGUUUCUUCCACCCAAACUUUUUCUGGAACUUGUCAAAGAGAACACGGAUGAACCCAGCGCUCUGGAAGCGACAUCCCCAUCUUCCGUAACCAAUUCACCUUCAGAUGCAACAUUCACAACAACUCGGCCCUUCAGCCAGACCAGUCCUGAUCAUCCUGAAGCGAGAGCCACAACCUCCGUGCCCUUCUCAGCUUCCGCGCAGCCGCUCCCGACAAACGGAUCUCAUACAGACUCGGCGCUUGCUUCGAAACACAUAAGAGACCAAGCUGAGAUGGAUUACACUUCACUGAUUCAACCAGAGCCUCGACCAUGUCCGCAAAUCAAGGAGAACAUUCCCGGCGAAGCAGACCCUGUAGAUCGAACCCGAGCUAAAGCACGUCUGCUCCCUUGGCCUGACGCUGUGGAGGCUAGACUUGUUAGCAAUCGUCGGAUUACACCUGAAGAUCACUGGCAAGAUGUUCGCGAACUCACCUUUCAUAUGCAUAAAGAUACGCGGUAUUGUCCUGGCGAUGUUUUAACACUAUAUCCCCAGAACUUUCCGGAAGAUGUUCAGGCGCUCAUUGAUCUCAUGGGCUGGAACAAAGUCGCAGAUUCGCGCGUAGCAUUUCAAGCAACAGGUCCCAAAUUCUACGCCGCGGAAAAUCUGAUAUCCAUGGCCCAUGGCCUCUAUCCAUCCCCGCGGACAACUCUUCGACAACUCUUGACGGACAAUCUCGACAUCACAGCCAUUCCAAAGCGGUCUUUCUUCGACUUUAUCUCCCAUCAAACGGAUGAUCCCAUUCACAAGGAGCGACUAUCCGAAUUCUCAAACCCAGCUUAUACUGAUGAAUUCUUCGAUUAUGCUACUCGCCCACGACGCAGCAUUCUUGAAGUGCUCCAGGACUUCCCAAGUGUAAAGAUACCAUGGAAAUGGGCUACUUGCGCUUUUCCUGUUAUUCGAGGCCGGCAAUACAGUAUCUCGAGUGGUGGCGACCUCAAACGCUCAAGCCACACCCCAAACGUCCUUCAGGUCCAGCUUCUCGUUGCUAUUGUAAAAUAUCGCACUGUUCUCAAGAAGAUACGUCAAGGCCUCUGUUCUCGAUAUAUUGCAUCAUUACCAGCAGGCACCGUGAUGAAUGUUGGCCUCAAGGAUGGUUCGUUUGAAGACACUACAAAAUACCAACCCAAUUAUCCUGUGAUCCUCAUCGGCCCUGGUACUGGUCUCGCUCCGUUGCGCUCUUUGAUAUGGGAGCGGGCCGCUAUGGGGAUGAUAGACGAAACUCAACGCGCAAAGACCAUACUUUUCUACGGAGGACGCAACAGGGAGGCAGAUUACUUCUACCAGGAGGAAUGGAAUACCUGGUUUCGGGACGUCACAAUUCACACGGCAUUCUCUCGGGAUCAAAAAGAGAAAGUCUACGUCCAGGAUAUUAUCAGACGCGAGGGCCAGGCCGUUUGGGAGCAACUUCAAAAAAAUGCGGUGGUAUACGUAUGUGGUAGUUCAGGGAAUAUGCCAAAGGCCGUUCGGGGGGCUAUUAUUGAUGUUAUGGUUAAGCAUGGGACGGCGCCAUUUCGAGAUCGUGCUACUGCUGAGGCCGCGGUUACGGAUAUGACACGGAGGGGACAUUAUGUGCAGGAGACUUGGUAA